AAAGUCUUUCAGAGUGUUCCAGUACUGGUUUUGCAGCAGUGGUCUAAUCGCUUCGUUGUUUUGCGUUAUAUAUACUCCAUCGUAGACAACUUCCAACUGUUUACAACUCGGAAUUGAAAGUCGAAAGCCUGCACACUUCCUUUGCUUUCACGUUGUUGUCGUUGCAAUGAAGUUCACUUCCGUGACGCUAGCGUGUUUCUUCUUUGUCGAAAGCUCCGGUGUGAGCGCAUUUACGUUUUCCACGCCCACACAAAGGCAACGCUCCAUCCCGUUGCCGAUUGUAUCUUCCAGCCGUCGUACUAGGAGUGCGCUCCACGUAUCGAUCGGCCUCGGUCCGGAUCCAAACGAGACUUCCGGCAAGCGCUCCGAGACCUUGGUAGCCGGAGUCGACUACGAAGUCCCUAAUCACGACGAUUACCGCCUUUCGCGUCGGAGCAAGCUCGAUCAAACUUGUGACGAAUGGUUCGCCGGCUUGUUGGAUGAAACGGAGGACGGCGUACUAGGCAGUCUGGUAACCGAUGCCCGUACGGUGCUCACCACUCCGGUACCACUCGUCAACGAUCUGGAGAAUCCCGAUUCAUCCCACGACGAUUGGACCCCGUACGUGAACACUCGCUUGCCCUGGACGCCCUUGGUACCGGCGUUUGGCUUGGAGCAGUUCGGCUUACCCGUGCCGCGCCGGAACGCCGAAACCUGGCGUCAUUUCGACGUGGCCUCCAUGGUGGCGGAGUCGUACUCCAGUGCCGUAAAACACGACCACGAAGCCAAAGUAGACAAAAUUGAACUAUUCCGGGAACAAUUGGCCGUUGCUGGUGGUUGGUUGGACGAUAAUGCUUGUGAAGCGCGAUUAGUGUACAUCAACGGGAGAUUCGUACCGCAAUUGUCCAAAUCCAACGACGUCGCCCGCAAUCUGGAUUCCACCGACGGCCUUUCCAAACAAUCUGUACAAUAUUUGUCGCGUCUGACGGACGGCUUUACGGACGAAUUGGCGUCUCCCGUCCCGAAUAACGAUAUUCUCGAGACUUCCUACGCCCGGCUCUCCAGGCCGAAUCACAAUUUGGGCAACGCCACUACGCAGCUUGCCGUCAAUUCACAACAAGGAACAGCCUGCUUUGCCGCGUUGAAUACCAUCAAAACAGGGGCAGUUGCGUACGUGCACGCGCCGAAGGGCUACAAUCACAUUGUUGCUGAUGAACAAGGCGACGAAAACGAUGAAGAAGGUCCUACCAGACCGAAUCUGAAACCCGUCUUGAUCGUCAACGCCGUGACCAAGUCCGGAGAUGCAGCGGACCAUGCCAAGGGAGUGGCAUGUCAUCCCCGGACACUUAUAGUGGCCGAAGAAUCUUCCCUUCUUUCAGUCGUACAAAGUUGCGUGGAUUUGGACGAUAACUCAGCUCAUACACCCAAAUUGUACAAUGGAUAUACACAGUGUUUCGUACACCAAAAAGCAAACGUCACACACUCCUACCUGGAAGAAUCCGGUGGAAUAGUUACAGCCGGAGUCGAGCGUAGUGACGACGAAUUUGUCGCGGAUGAGACAAAACCUCGCGAAAUCGAAUCGCGACGAAAGGAUCUCCGCGACACUCACUUGGAAGCAAUUGAUGUACACAUCAUGGGAGCGGACGCCGCCUACGAAGGCACCAUUAUGAGUUUGGGCGGUAGCGGGCGCGUUCGGGUCGCGCUUAGUGUCGCGUUGCUGCAACCAGGUGCACACGCCGGAGUUAAUGGAUUUUCGCUAGCCGGCGGAGCACAACGUGUCGACAUCAAAACAAACAUUCAUCACGUGGCCCAAGGCACCACCAGCCGACAGGUACAAAAGAACAUGAUUGGUGGACGUGCCACUGGCGCCUUCCGUGGACGCAUUCGUGUUGAACAAUCGGCGCAACAAACGGAGAGCGAGCAAUUGUCCCGUACGGUUUUAUUGAGUGACAAGGCUCGGGCAUGGGCGGUGCCCAGUCUAGAAAUUAUUGCCGACGAUGUGCAGUGUGCGCACGGGGCAACCGUGUCCGACUUGAGCGAGGAGGAAUUGUUUUAUUUAAGAUCGCGUGGUAUGGGACAAGCCAUGGCCCGCAAUUUGUUGAUGUACGCAUUUUCUGGUGAUGUUAGCGACUGCGUGGAUCCAGCCGUGCUGGGCGGAUUUGAUGGGAAUGCUGGUUUGAGGCAACGUGUCAUUCGUCGACUUGAAAACCUCGUCCCGCAAGGGGAACGAGCAAUCAAAGGAGAAUUCCAAUCCAUUUAGGUGCAUAUAUCAUACUGACCGGCUCGAUCCAAAGGGAUACGAACAGGCUCUCGGUGUCCAUCUUUUUUGCGGUGUACAGUGAUGGCUGGGACUGCAUUUCCACAAAAGUCCGUAAGCAUAUGCUAAACUU